CCCUUCCUGUUUUACUGGCGUUCAGAGAGAAACAUUGACGCUGUGAUAGAGACGCGCAAGCUCCGAUUAUGUCUGGAACCGCUCGCUCCGUCCAAGACCAGGAUUUUUGUUUGCCUACGUGAAACCGGCAACCGGCAAUGUCGCCUUAUAGCGCAUAUAUGGCACUUGACGAGUUAUAGCCUACAAAUAUAUUUAAAUCUCGCUGCUGCAACCCUUGCUCCUUCUUCUGUCAAUGAUUGUCCUACCCAUAUAAGCCUACUCAUGGCGGAGACCAAAAUUAUAUACCAUAUCGACGAAGAAGAAACCCCUUAUUUAGUGAAACUGACGGUUUCUCCGGAAAAAGUCACGUUGGCGGAUUUUAAAAAUGUCCUCAACAACCGUCCGGUCAACAGUUAUAAAUUCUUUUUCAAAUCUAUGGAUCAGGAUUUCGGAGUCGUCAAAGAAGAAAUCUCUGAUGAUAACGCCAAGCUGCCCUGCUUCAAUGGCAGAGUGGUGUCCUGGCUGGUGUUGGCUGAGGGCACACACUCGGACGGGGGAUCUCAGUGCACAGAGAGCCACAAAGAGCUGCCGCCACCCUUGGAGCGAACUGGAGGGAUUGGAGAUUCCAGACCCCCCUCUUUCCAUGCCAAUGCGGUGAGUAGUCGGGAUGGAUUGGACACCGAGACGGGGACGGAGUCUCUCCAGAGCCAGCGGAGAGAGCGGGAGAGGGAGCGAGCUCACAGAAGGGCACGAGAAAUUCCUCGCGUGAAUGGUCACUCGAAAACAGAGCGAGUGAAUCGUGACUCAGCUGUUGGUUAUGACAGCACAUCGGUGAUGAGCAGUGAGCUGGAGUCCAGUUCUUUUAUCGACAGUGAGGAAGAUGAGGAUGGAAGCAGCCACAGACUUAGCAGUUCAACCGAGCAGAGCUCUUCAUCACACCUCAUGCGUAGACACAAACGAAGACGACGGAGGCAGAAAGUCACCAAAAUGGACAGGUCCUCGUCCUUCAGCAGUAUUACAGACUCCACAAUGAGCCUCAACAUUAUCACCGUCACUCUCAAUAUGGAGAAGUACAACUUCUUGGGUAUCAGUAUAGUUGGUCAGAGUAAUGACAGAGGAGAUGGAGGCAUCUAUAUUGGCUCUAUUAUGAAAGGUGGAGCGGUGGCAGCUGACGGCAGGAUUGAGCCUGGAGACAUGCUGUUACAGGUCAAUGACGUGAACUUUGAGAACAUGAGUAAUGAUGAUGCUGUCAGGAUUCUGCGGGAGAUCGUCUCUAAACCUGGGCCAAUAAGCCUAACAGUGGCGAAAUGUUGGGACCCCUCUCCUAGAAGCUACUUCACUAUCCCUAGAGCCGAGCCGGUGAGACCCAUCGACCCUGCUGCCUGGAUCUCACACACUACUGCACUUUCUGGACCAUACCCCCAUUAUGAGUUUGAUGACCUCCCACUUUCAGUGUCAAAAACAGAUAUGGCGACUAUAGUAAAAGUUAUGCAGCUACCAGAUUCAGGGCUGGAGAUUAGAGACCGAAUGUGGUUAAAGAUCACUAUAGCCAACGCCGUCAUCGGGGCUGAUGUUGUCGACUGGUUGUUCUCACGGGUAGAGGGCUUCAAGGACCGCCGGGAUGCUAGAAAAUACGCCAGCAGUUUGUUGAAACACGGCUACCUGAGACACACAGUCAAUAAAAUCACCUUCUCAGAGCAGUGCUACUACACCUUUGGAGACCUGUGCCAAAAUAUGGCUUCUCUCAAUCUGAAUGAGGGAUCUAGCGGUGGGGGCUCUGACCAGGAUGGUCUUGCUCCUCUUCCUCCACCAGGAACCAACCCCUGGCCCCUCGGCGGUCAGCCCUACCCUUACCCGGGUUACCCCACUCCUCCACCGGGCUUCCCUCCUGGAUACUCGGACCCUUGUCAUAGUUUUCACAGUGGCAGUGCAGGCAGCCAACAGAGCGAAGGUAGCAGAAGCAGUGGUUCCAACCCCAGUGCUGGGAAAGGCCGGAGACCCUCCCCUCGAGAAAAGGACCAUAAGGCACCGUGCUGUGGGGGCAGCGAAUCAGAAAUGGGAGCUUGGGUGGUAAGGAGGGGUGAGAGAGCAUCCAGUCAGCUGAGUCAUCAAAGCCACAGCCGCUCUGCCGCCAGUCAGGCCCACUCCAGCCACAGUUACGCUCACUCUGGGUACAGCCACGGCCAGUGUCUCAGCAUCUCGCAGCAUAGCCACAACUUCACCUACAGCCACGCCCCUUUCAUCCAGCCCAAUCAUCUGUCCUGUGCCCACAGUGAGAGAAGUCACGGCUCUUCGUAUGGCCCUCCGGGUCUGCCCCCUCCGUACUGCCUCGCUCACCUCGCCCCCAAAGCGGCAGCCAGCAACAGCCCACCUGGGGCUCCCCCUGUCCGGGAACUAGGAAACGUCCCACCAGAACUCACCGCCAGUCGGCAGUCGUUUCAACAUGCUAUGGGCAAUCCUUGUGAAUUUUUUGUUGAUAUUAUGUGACAGGAGAGUGCCUUCAACCCUUUCAGAGCACAAGGCCUACUUCCCGCAGUUUGCUUCAUGAAUUUUUGCUACUGACGAUCCCUGCACUGAGAAUGUACAAACUGACAGCGCAAAUUUAAAGGGACAGUUUAUCCAAUAAUGUAAGUUCUGUCUCUUACUCAUAUCAAGUUUCUUUCUUCUGUGGAACAAAAAAAAAAUGACUGUUGUAAUUGUUAACUAUAUUGUUUCAGUAAUUCAAAUUAUUAUUUAUUUUUUUUUUUUAUACGUUAAAGCAAUUUACAAACAAUAAACUAAGCAGUGGUUUUAAGAUGAUUUAAACUAAAUUUAAUUUUUUUAAAUGAACAAAUUUCAUAAAAAAUAAAUAUAGAAAUAUUAGAAAGUAUUAAAUUCACAUGAAGUAAAACUUUAAAAUCAAGCUAACUAAAUGUAUUAAUAUAAUAAUAUAAUAGCAAAUAAAUAGUACUUAACACUGCAAAUUUUAAAUCCUUAACAUAUUUUAUCCAGAAUUGUCUGACAACUCUUUUCUUUAUAAUGAGGGUGAAUAGGGACAAGGGUGAAAUGACAAAAUAGACUAUAAAAGGAGAAGGAUGGAAGGAAAGAGAAAGAGAAGCCUAUCAUUAGUUACCACCUUAGCUUUCUGUGACCAAAAUUAUUGUAUGUCUUCAAAGGACAUUAAAAGUAUUGCACACUUUUGCUGCAUGGACUUUGAAAUUUUGGGACAGCCCCAGUCCGCUUUUACUUCUGAUAUGUGGAAAGGAAUGCCCAGAUAUUUUUUUACAAAUUCACUUUUUGUGUUCCACAGAAGAGAGAAAGCACUUGAGGACAACAAAAACCUGAGAGUGAACUAAUGAUGACAGAUUUUUCAUUUUUAGGUCAACUCUUUCUUUAAUGUUCAUUCAAUGUUAUUUAGAUCACCGAAGGACACUUAAAAAAAAAAAAAAAAGCACAACCGCAGAGUUAAUUUAAACUCUGACACAAAAACUACAAUACUGCAGCAGCAGCACAGGAUAACACAACUAAUAAGCUUUUAACAGGAAAGUCAGUGUAUCAGACUGUCUGCUUCUUAUACUCCGCUGCUCUGCACUUUGCACAAGUUACAAGCCAGACAACUGGCAUGACUCUUUACACAGUCCAUACUUUUAAAUGCAUUCACGCUUUGAGGUUUUUUUUCCUCACACACUUGCAUUUGACUUUAUAUUCACAAAGUCAUAACCCCGCUGACAAUCAGACAUCGUGAUGACAAUUGACGUCCCUAAACAUCGCUGAAUGUAUUGUCUUGUGAGGCUACAAAUCAGAAUUCCCCCAUUAGCAUGAUAGCAUGUUAAGCUAUCACUAAAUAAAUGCUCUGAUGUGUUAAUUUUAGACUCAUGGUUGCCAAAUGUCCAUCAAGCACUCUAAAUGUACUCGAUACAUUUUUAACAAUAACAAACAGGUGCUUUUCAUAGUCUGUGAACUGACUGUUCAGACAUCACCAGUUGUCUUAGUAUUCACCACUGUAUUACGAAAGUCACUGUACAGUUAAUGCAGUAGAAUGGUAGUCGGCCUUGUACGUUUUAACAUAGAUAUUAAACCAGGCGGAUUGGCUAACCAAAGUCCCUUAAUAAUUACGGAGUCAUGAUUUUUGUUCUAAAACAGCUGUUUUGUGAGAAAGGAUUUGAUAUUUGCUCAUGUCAAAUUUACCGGUAAAGCAGUGAGGUGGUGUCUUUGUUCGUAAUGUACUGUUCCAUGAACUGACCUAUCUGCCCGAGCCAAAGCAGGAAGGAGUCAGAGAUUGUUAAGCACUUUUGGAAUUAACUUUCUGGGCCCUUUAGAAUGAAAUCCUGAUUGCAGUGAAAGCCGUUUGCUUUGUUUCUUCACAAAAGAGGAAUAAUAAAUUGUAAAUAUGAUAACAUAUAUAUAUAUAAAACGGAGAAAAUAAAAUUUAUGUAUUAAGAAGUGGCCA